AUGCAUGGGGCUGCCAGUGUGGGGACUGGCCCUCAGGUGCUUUCAGUCAUCCUGAUGAGGGACCUGGACCGGCUGAAGAAGAACGGGUCUCGCUGUUCCGCGGGCUCAGAUGGGUCCCCGCCCAGCCGAGACGCCCCUGCACCGCCUGGCCCUGCGCGCACCGGCUGUGCCGCGCCCAGGACUCCGCCGGAGGUGCCGGGUGUCCUGGGAGGGUUGCUGGCGCCCGCUCCGGAGCCACCUGCGGGGAAGACGGGUGUCGGGCAGCCGAGCCCGCGGCCGCUGGGGGACCCAGAGGCUCCCGGCGCGGCCCGGGCCUGCUCCAGGCACCUGACCCCCGUCCCCGCCGCCCUCUCCGCCUUCCUCCGGCCCCCAGCCCGGGGGUCGUCCGCGGUGCUGACCCUGUGGGUCCCAUCGUCCCUGAGGCUCGUCCCGCGGACUGACCCUUCCGCUCCGGGGCCCCCUCGGCGGGCUGCGCGUCUGGGGGCAAGCAAGUCCUCCCCGCCAGGGCAGGGGGCUCGAGCCGGACCGCAGCGACCCCGCCCCAGUCUACACCCGGCCAGGGACCCGCUCCCCUGCGGAGCUGCUGUCUCCUCGGGAGAGUCCCGACCGUUUCGGGGGAAGCCGUCGUCCCCGGACCCGCGACCCCAGCGUCCUCCCGCCCGCCCGAGCCCAGCCCCCCUAGGCCGCGGCCCACGAGGGCCUCCAGGGCCGGCACCGCCCUCCGCGCCGUUUCCCGGAAGCCCCGCCCGGCCGCGGCCUUUGACAGGCGGGCCGGCCGGCCAACCGGAGCGGGGCGGGGCGGGGCGGGGCGGGGCCCGGCGCAGACAGCCAAUGGCAAGCCGCGCCGGGCUGACGGACGGGGCGCGGGGCGGGGCGUGCGCCGGCCCGGCCGAGUGUCCGCCGCCCGCGCGCCCCGCCGCCCGCAGCCCGAGCCGCACCCUCCGCGGACGGAGCCCAUGCGCCGGGCGACCCGCGCGCCCCGGCCCCGGCCCCCUUCCCCGCCCCCGCCCGGCCCCGGCCCCGGCCCCGGGGGCAGUCGCGCCAGCGGCCAUCACGCGCAGCCGGCGAGCCGGGGUGCAGGAAAUCACUGCCCGCUGUCCGCGCAAGGGCGUCCGCUCGUGA